GGAAAGAAAGUCAAUUGAUUUAAAAAAAAAAAUCAUCAAUCCAGUAAGUAAAAAUGGUUCAAUUACGCAGUUUAACUCUUUUUGUUAUUUUCUCGGUGAUUGUGCUGAUUUCUGGUCAGCCUGGACCACUUCCGUUACAAUAUUGUCGACUUUGUUUUGGUCACACAAUGUGUGUUUUUCGCAAUCCAAAUCCUGUUUGUCCUACAUUACAAGUGGGUCUCACUGCAAGUCAGAGAAAUGAGGUUUUAACAGUGCACAACAACUUUAGGAGACAAGUUGCUUCGGGUGGUGAAAGAAGAGGAAAUCCUGGACCACAACCUCGUGCAAGACAUAUGCCAAACAUGGUUUGGGAUGAAGAAUUAGCAAUCAUUGCACAAAGAUGGGCUAAUCAAUGCAGAUUUGGACACGACAUGUGCAGAACUGUUCCACGUUUCCAAGUUGGACAAAACGUCGGUAGCUUACGACUUGUAGGAACAAUUCCACCCAAUAUGAUAACAAGAUUAAUACAAAUCUGGUAUAAUGAAGUCGUCUUAUUCGAUUCCCGACAAGUCGAAAGUGUCAGGAAUUUCAAUUUUGUUAAACAUUAUACCCAAAUAUUGUGGUCAACAAGUGUCAAUAUUGGCUGUGGUUAUAUUACCAAUCAACAAGGCAACAUUAUCACAGUCACACUAGUUUGCAACUAUGGUCCUGCAGGUAAUAUUGUUAAUGGCAAGAUGUAUGACAUUCGCCGUUCCCUAUAAUACUUAGGAAAAUUAUUACCAUCGACAAUUAUUUAAAAAAGGCAAACUACUGUUUCCAGGUUUUACAGACAAUUUUUUUAAUAAUUCCAGACUCAAAAAUAAAAUUGUUUUUAUGAA